AGCCAAUGAUCUCGACCUGUGGAACGGAACACAUACGAAGAUGGAUUUCCAGGACGCCGCACUCAACCUCUCCUCAGAUCAAAAUGGCGACAGUCUAUCGGCAUCCGCCAUGUCGCCCGAAAGUGGCAGCACCAGCAAUGCGAGAUCCAAGCUGCAGUUGCCCGUGAGCUGCGAUCCGCCUGGGCCUGGCAAUCCCGUGAAGCAGCUGGUUUGGAUUGUGUUUGGCAGCACAGGACAUAUGGGCCGUUCCCUUGUCCGUUCCUGUCUUAACCAAGGCGACCUCGUUUGUGCUGUUGGCCGAACCUUCGAAAACACACUCCCUUCCAUGCAAGGCUGGCACGAGAACUGCCUCGGUACCCUCUGCGACGUACGAGCGCGUGAAUCCGUGGCUGAAGUUAUCGAAAUAGCAAUCUCGCACUUCGGACAUGUUGAUAUCAUAGUGAAUUGCUCUGGAUAUGGAGUUAUUGGAGCUUGUGAAGAUCAGGACGAACAUGAGGUCCGGAAUCAGUUCGAGACGAACUUUAUGGGGACGUUGAAUAUUAUUCAAUUGAGCUUGCCGUAUUUUAGGGAGCAAGGCGCGGGGAGGUAUUUGAUCUUCAGCAGUACGAGUGGUGCGUUAGGUGUUCCUGGAUUGGGACCAUAUUGUGCAACGAAAUAUGCCGUGGAAGGAUUGAUCGAAGCGAUGCUUUAUGAGAUUGACAGUUUUAAUAUCAAGGCCACUUUGGUUGAGCCUGGACUGGUGAGGAGGGACGAGCCGGACUGGGAGAGUAAUCCUUUGCCUACUUGGGGGCAUUUUUUGAUUAAGCCGGCGAGUGAGCCGUAUAGUCAGGCUACGUCGCCGGCAUUGCAUGCAAAGAGGAUGGUGCAGUGGCUAGGAGACAAACAGCCUACGAGUGCUGUAAAGUGUGCGGAGCUGGUCUGGCAGUUGGGCCAUUGUUCGUACCCGCCCUUGAGAUUAUUGUUAGGGAGUUAUGCCAUCGAGAGCAUCAGGGAUAGGUUACGGAGUAUUAUUGAGGAGUUGGAGGACUGGAAGCAUUUGCAUUUCCCUGUGGCACCGGAUGCCCAGCUUGAGGAUAGCAAAGAGGAAGAUGGCGAGGAAGGGCGAAUGGACGUAGGGUCAUAGCACAAAAUUUAAGUUCA